AUGCCACUCAAUAUUCUUGGCACUAUACUGCUGGAAGGCACCGAUAAAGUUCCCGGCUGGGACUAUGUCAAAAAAUAUGGACCGCUCUUGCUUUCAGCAGGGCUUACAAAGUACUAUUUUGGUGGAUCAACUAAUACAUGGGAAAGAGACUUACAUGGUAAGGUUUAUCUCGUUACUGGGGGAACCUCUGGUAUUGGUGCCUCCUUGGUGCGCGAACUUGCUAAUAGAGGUGCACAAUUGGUUCUUUUGACCUCACAGCUCAAUGAAGAUGGAUCAGGAGGUGCGUGGAUUACAGAUUAUAUCGAGGAUCUCCGAAACGACACGGGAAACCAGCUAAUUUACGCGGAGCAUUGCGACUUGUCGUCCUUGUAUUCCAUUAGAAAAUUAGCGACCACUUGGCUUGAUCAGUCUCCACCGCGUCGUCUUGAUGGAAUACUGUGUCUGGCAGCCGAAGCGGCACCGAUUGGCAAGGUUAGAGAAUCAAGUAUAGACGGCGUUGAACGUCAAAUGGCAAUCAAUUAUCUUGGCCACUUCCAUUUGCUCACAUUGCUUGAACCUUCUCUCAAGGUUCAGAUAGCUGAUAGAGAUGUUAGAAUAUUACUGGCCAGCUGUAUGAGUCAAUCCAUAGGUGAGGUCGACCUGAACGAUCUAUUGUGGGACGUGAGAAAGUACCCUGCGAAUCAGCCAUGGAAGGUCUACGGCACAUCAAAGCUAAUGCUUUCAAUGUUUGCAAAAGAAUAUCAACGGAGGCUGGACAGCUUUCAAAGAAAAGAUGGAGAGCCUAACAAUGCGAAAAUCAAUAUUGUGAACCCAGGACUAGUGAGAACCCCUUCUAUGCGUCGUACGCUCUCCAUGGGUUCCGUUUGGGGUUUGCUGCUCUACUUGAUAACGUAUCCUUUUUGGUGGUUCUUCUUGAAAUCGGGAGAACAAGGAAUGCAGUCAUUUUUGUUUGCACUUAGCUCGCCUGAGUUCGUUAAAUUGCAUGGUGGUAACUACGUCAAAGAGUGCUCGAUAGUCAAAAAGGAACAACGCUCUGAACUCAACAACAAAGAGCUGCAGUCAACUUUGUUCGAUAAAACUAAAGAGGUGAUUGAGACAUUGGAAAAAAGGUCUGCGAUCGAACGAAACAGGCUGAAGAAGCAAAACGGAGAGGAAAACAAAAAGAAGGAUAGCAAGAACAAGGAUUUAUCGAAGAAGGCACAGAUACCAGAGACGGAUAAACUAAGUUUAUUCAAGUCGGCUUUCAAGAACCAGCCUGCACCCGCAUUGUUGGGUAAACUUCCUCCGGAUCAGGAAGAAAAGAAGAAUGAGAGAUUGAGGGGUCUGGAUAAGAAACUCGAACAGAGCAAGAAAUUGACAAGCCAAAAAUGA